AUUCCUGGAAAACCACAAGCCUUUGCGAUAGAACCCAAAAUGGCGUCGGGACAUAUAUUCGCUACAGUAGGAACAACAAAAUUUGACCUAUUUAUAUCAACUCUUUCCUGCGAAAAAGUCCUACAUGUACUCCGAGAAAGGGGCUACACCAAGCUGACAAUGCAGAUUGGUCAUGGGACCAUCGUGCCUCCAUCUGGUUUGAUCUGCGAUGUGCAAGUGGAGUACUUCCGGUUCAAGGACUCAGUCACUGAGGAUAUCCAGCGUGCAGACUUGAUCAUCAGUCAUGCUGGUGCUGGCAGCUGCCUGGAGGUUCUGAGUGCCAGGAAACCACUGCUGGUUGUAAUCAAUGAGGAACUCAUGAACAAUCACCAGUUGGAGCUGGCGCAGCAGCUGCAUGAAGACAGACACGUCCACUACACAACAUGCACAAAUCUGGAACACACCCUACAACAUAUGGACUUGCAAACUCUCGAACCACUUCCUACAGUAGACUCCCACAAAUUCACCAAUUUCUUGGACAGCAUCUUUGGCUUUCAAAGUCAGGAGUGCCAUACCAGUAUUACAUCUUUCAUGCCUACACAGAUGUGAUUUAUUGUUGAUGACUACUUCUUAUCAGUGCUACUGACAAAAGGAACACUGGGGUUUGAUGCUUUUACAUCCUUAUAUCUGAUAUGAAGUUCUAUAUCCCAGAACAUCUUAAAAUUUAACUCAGUUCAAAAAAAUAUAUCGCCAUGUGUUCAUUUGAUCCUGAAACAAAUAUUGUAUAAGUUGUUUUGUAUUCUUAUGAAUCCCUCACCUUGACAGAAGAAACAUAAAUGUCAUAUGUUUGAAAACAAAAAUGUAUGGACCUAAGAGGGGUUAAUUAAGUGGGCAAUGCAGAUACUAUGUAAUAAGGGACAGGAGAAAUUUGACCCACAGGCCCUAAUAAAUUCUUUAAAGAAAUACA